AUGGCGUCGUCCACGGGCCCGCCAGGCGCGUCGAGGCCUCCUCCGGGGUACAUCCCGCCGCCUACCAACCCGCGGCAGCCAAAUCCGGCCGCCCUCGCCAGUUCCCUGCAGAAUCUUCAGAUCGGCCAGUCUCCGGUGCCGUCUGGCCCUAAUCCUGCGUCAUCAGGAGCUUCCAUCCCCUUUGGUGCGCCGGCAUCUCCUUUUCCCGGCCAGGGGCCGAUCUCUCGCGCCGGGCCACCUGCUCGGCCUUCGGGAUCGCCGUCCCCGUUUUCCCAGCCUCAGACACCAUUCGGGGGACCCGUCGUGCCACCCAGGCCUCAGGCUGUGGGUCCAAUUGGAUCAAUGACGAGCAACGGCCCUUCCAUGUUGGGAACGCCUGGGCAGCGGUUCCCUCCCCCGGCGAAUUUGCAGCAGCCGCAGCCGCAGCGGCAACAGCAGCCUCUGGUUGGGCCCCCGAUGGUAUCGACCAGAGGACCUGCGCCUGGGCAUCCUCCAAUGCAGUCAAUUCGACCGUUUCCCGGAAGUCCCCCUCCCGGUGCUCCCUUGGCAUCUCAGACAUUGCAGCCAUUUCAAAAUCAAGUGACUUCGCAGCCGAUCUCCAGUGGCCUGCCCGCAUCGCAGGCGUUCUCUGGUCCACAGCCUGUGCAUUCUAUACCAGGUCCUCAACCGGGGUCAUAUCCCCAAUCCAGCGCUCCGCAGACUUUGCCGCCAUUCCCUGGCAAUCCUGCACCACAGCAGUUCUCAGGUAUGCCAUCCUUUCAAGGAUUCCCCGGUCGGGCCACGUCCCAACCCCCAGCGGGAUUCCCACCUUCCGCGCCGUUUCCUUCUCCUCCUCCAUCAGCAUCCCAGACAUUCUCAGGCCCCCCGCCCCCGCCAUCUUUUACCGGUCCACCCAAAUCUCAGCCAUUCCCAGGUUCGGGGCCAUUCCCAGGUUCUAGGCCGCCAAUCUCUGCUUCGCCCUAUGGGGCAUCAAUGUGGUCAACGCAGCAGCCACAACUGGUGAGUUCAACUCCUACGUGCUGACCAGUUAUUCUGUUACUAUACUUGUCUGAUUCCGGCGUCCAAGGGCGCAUUUUAUAUCCAACCAGGCAUGUUGCUAGAUGUAUCUUUUUUUUAUAAUAUUUUUGGGCUGUGCUCUUUACUGUCACGCGUAUUGUCCGAAAGGUUCCAAAUUUUACAGAGAUUUAGUGACAUCAUUUGCAUACCGCGAAGUUAUAAUUUGAUCUUAAACGUACGUCUGUUCUGGGAAAAAUCUCAUACAUAAAUUAUUGGCUAUAGGGUCCCCCAACGAUGCCCGGUUCGAUGCAGCCGCCGCCUAGAAUGUAUGGGAUGGCACCUAAUGGGGCAAAUCCAGGAAUAGGGCCAAUUCCAAGCGCAAUGGGCCAGUCUCCAAUUUCUGGUGCUCAAGGAUCAUCGCCCUCAAAGAUUGAUCCCAACCAAAUCCCAAGGCCAAUGCCUACUUCCUCAGAGAUCGUCUUUGAAACUCGCCAGGGCAAUCAGGCAAAUCUUCCCCCGGUAAUUCUACUGAAUUUAUUUUCAACUAAAGCAUUAUUGGGAGAAGUUUUGCAUGCUUAAAUUUGGACUUACACUUUUUCUCCAAAAAUUUGAUCACUUGAACAAUGUCUAAAGUUUUUGUAAUUUUUAAAGCCUGCGUCGAGUGAAUAUAUUGUAAAAGAUAAUGGGAACUGCAGUCCUCGUCUUAUGAGAUGCACUAUCAAUCAGGUAUGCUGCUCAUAUCCAUCGCUAUUUUAUGCGCCUCACAAUUUAAACUGCGUUAGAUGACUGGUUUUCAGCGGGAAAUUGCGUUUGUUCUUCAAAUUUUCAUUAUACUUACAUCUAAAUUCUCAUUAUAUUUUAUAUCUAAAUUUUCGUCUUUUUCCUCAGAUUCCAUGCACCGGUGAUAUUAUUUCAACGUCUAGCAUGCCCCUGGCUCUGAUGGUCCAACCUUUAGCUCUUCCUCACCCAUCUGAGGAGCCCAUCCAGGUCAAACUUUCAUGUUUCUCUUCAUCUGUCCAUCUUCAUGAAUCUCUUGUUCCAUGCUUUUAGUUAUUUGGAGGGGUUGUAGAUGAAAAGGGUUCAAUAUGAUGACAAGGACAGCGAUACUAAAAAUACCAAAAGCUGGUCAACUUAUCGAUGGCCCGAGUAAAACCCCCAUAUCAUGCAUCCGAACCUUUUUUUUUAAUGUCUUAUCGGUUUAAUAAAUGCUAUCCAGAAACUCUGAGAUAAAAGCUGUUGCAUAACUAUGGCCUAAUAUCUGCGAAGAUGCAUGAAAAAAUGUCUAUGGAGAUUCGACCAAUAUUGGGGGGUUAUAAUGUUUUCAGAUCAGUCGUUUUGGCUGAAAUUUUUUUAUGACUCAACUGACUCCUCUCAACACAAACAAGUCAUGAUUAUCAAUUAGUUUAUCCAAAAGGGACAGUUGCCAUGAACAGUGGUCAUCAUUGAUUCUUUUUUUUUAAUAAUUGCCUGGCAUCUCAUUUACAGACAACAAUCUUUUUGACAUUCUGACAAUUGUUAUAAAGUUCAGUUGGUUUCAUCAAUCUUCUAUUCUACAACGAACCAUUACUUUUCCACAAACGAAUAAAUGGAGGAACAAAGUCAUAUAUUAAUAGUUUCUGUAUAGUUUAUAAUCUUUACUUCUGUAGUGAUAUUUUAUUAUAUAUCUGGGCUGAAAUCCUGAUUUUCUUUCUGUAGGUUGUAGAUUUUGGAGAAAGUGGACCCAUUCGAUGCUCUCGCUGCAAAGGAUAUAUAAAUCCUUUCAUGAAAUUCGUUGAUCAAGGAAAACGUUUCAUUUGCAACUUAUGUGGUGAGUGCCUGGUGAAGAUAUUAGUAAUUAAUUCAUCAUUUUUUGUCUGAUAUUAUCUUUUGGAACUACUGUAUGUUACUUAAAAUACCUUUUUACAAAAUAACAGUUUGUGUUUCUAUGAUACCCAACUGUCAAUUGCCAGAUAUCUUUAUUAGUAACCCUACAUAUUUAACCUUAUAUUGUAGUUAAUCUCACAUGUGUUUUAGGAAUGUUUUCGUUUGUUAGAGCUGUUUGGUUUUUGUUCCUGAAAUAUCUCACUCUUUUGGAAAUUUACUCGGGAAACCAGUAGUGUCAACCGCAUCUAUCAUUGUAUGCUUCUUUUUUUGUUAAUAUUGGUUUAUGUGUAAGAGCCUAGGAAGUUUCUUUGAUUUUUGGUGCACGACGCACACGAAUAUUUUUCAUCUUGAGUACAUGUAGCCAUCUGAUGGUGUAUUUAUUUCCUACGACAUAAAUCCAGUUAUAUGGUGUCAAUAUUUUUAUUAAUACAGUCAGCGGCUGCCCUUUGUAACAUGAUUACUAAACGGCACAGGAACGGAAGUCUAGUCAUCUUGUCACUACAAAAUGUGACAAUGUCCUUGAAAUCUGCUAUAUCGAUUUCUUGAAUUUUGUUGAACAUUUCGGGGCCUUUUUUACUGGAUUCCCUUUCAUCUUUUCACUAUUUAAUGAUCAGGUGACGAUAUAUGAAGUAUGUCAGGCCAUACAUAACUCUAAUGUUCUAUCCCUUUCAUUGUCGUCUAUGCUAUACUCCCUUCUCAUUUUCAGCUUUGUCAGCUAUUUAUUGACAAGCUUUUUGUCUUUGAGUUUUAUGCUCGCCUCUAGCCAUUGUAUUUUUUUGCCUUUGUACUGUAUCUGAUAGCAAGAAGCUUCCCCAGGAAAACCUUCUCUUUGAAUUUCUAGUAAUCGGGUGCUACUUACUAAAGAGUUAUUCUCAGCUGAUCACAAUAUAGUCUACGUUGAGUCCUUGACAUGAAGGUCCUGUUAUUUAUUGUUUAGGCCAUCAGGAGCUAUUGCUUAUUCAUUAUGAAAAUUGUGAUUACUGAUGGUUCUUCUCUAGUUAGGGUCUUACAAAGGGUUUCUGAACUGUCUUGCAUCUCUUUCUGGUAAAUAUGCCUUGAAUUUUUAUCUAUGGAAGGUUUCAAGUUACCUGGGUUUGAUUUUGCAGGAUUUACUGAUGAAACUCCCCGUGACUACUACUGUAAUCUUGGACCAGAUGGGAGGCGGCGUGAUGCUGAUGAACGUCCAGAAUUAUGCAGAGGAACAGUUGAAUUUGUUGCAACCAAGGAAUACAUGGUUAGUCGUACUGAUACUUUUACUUCAAGUGAUGAGUUAUAAUUUACUGGUUUUCUUAUAAAUGGUUUUUGAGUGGGAUUCAGAUGUACCGUUUCAAGUCACUCAAAAGAAAAAACACCCAGAGCUAUUAAUGCAAAGGCCUUAUUGUUCAGUUCGUUAUUUCAGAUGUUUGAUUUGAUGAAGUAGGAUGGGCUUUAUUGGAUUCUUUAUAGGUUUUCUUGUAUUCUUUUAGUUUGCUGAUAAUGAUUUAUUCUCACCUUCAUGAUCUUUUUCCUUCUGGAGAAAUCUCUACUUUUGAGUUUUAUUAGUAAGAUUCGGAACUGAAGAAUACUGCGGGGCAUCUUGCUUACAGAAUCAGGCCGGAUUCAUCAAAAUGUGAUCCGUACGUAUUUUUUAUCAGUUUAUCAUUUGGUGAUUCGAGUUAGGAAACAGAUGACCUUUGAACUGGAGAUUGUUUAUCUCAGGAUCAUUUGGGAUGGUGCUAUAAGAAUAUAAAGAUAAUAAAUUUAAAGCAUCACCUGAAAAAGGAUUUAAAGAUUAGACUGGCAGUCAAACGAAGCUUGACUAAAGAUUAGAGGUUUGGGAAGUGGAUGCCAUCUCAACUAGUGGACAGUUGAUUUCCUUUCUAGAUCUGUACUCUUGACUAUUGUUAUUUAGUGUCAUGUAUGUGUUAGUCUAAAUUGAUUGGACACAUCAAGAGUGGGAGGCAAAAAGGUUUGGGGAGUGAGAGGCUCCAUACUACAAAUUGCAUGGGGAAAAAAUACCUACGAAAGACAUAAAUGAAGUACGUUGCUCAUCAUUUUGUCUUCUGUAUCUUUUGCAUGGAGAGAGGUUGUGAGAACAUAAACUUUUGUGAAGGCUUCAGUUAAUUAUUGAGCUAGUGGCCUAUGGCUGGUUGAUUACCAUAUAACCUGUUAAUAUAAACAUUUUGGGAGGAUUUUGCUGCCGACAAGACCAAAACAAUUACCAUAUAACAAUUGACAAUAAAUUCAGUUGGCCAUAGUUAACCUGUUCAUUUACAUUCUUUAGAGGUAGACUGCUGCUCCUUCGGACCUGUUAUUAGAUAUUGCUUACCAAAGCUUUUAAACAAUUAUUGGAUCAUACCUUUGUGACCUAUCUUUUACGUUGUCCCUCUAUCAAUCCAGAAAGCUUGAAUAUAGUGCAAAAUCUUAUCUAGUCUGUUCACAAUGAAAGCCUACUGUUUAGUGUCCAAAUGCUAAACCUUCGGAUAAAUUAAAUGGAAAGCCUGGAUAUACCUACUGACAUCAGUGUAGAAAACCUUACAGGAGGUAGAUAUACUUGUGCCAGUAUUUGGUUUGGAUCUGAGUCUGAAAUUUUCUUUUUUUCAUAGUUUAGGUGCCUUGAGUGAGUUUGCAUCAAAUGAAUCCGCCUCAGUUCUGUGAUCUGAUUUAAAUUCCCUCGGGGUUGGAAUUAUGAUGAUUUGAACGUACGUCAUCCAGUAUGCUAUGGAUUGCAUCGAAUCAGUGUUCUGAAGUGCAUUACACCAGAAAAGAUACAUAUAUAGGGAGAGCUUAUCCCAGAUUAGUUGAAUAUUGUUGUUCAUAGUUGAUUAGUCCAAUUCAAAUCCAAUAAAUGGUUCUAAAGAGUGGUUGUGCGAUGUUCAGUCUCUGGCAAUGCCAUGGUAUUCCGUGAAAUGGUGUUUUAUAUAAGGAUUUUUUUUGCUCUAACGGUCGCAGGAGUGAUAUCACGGAGUUUUUUCUGUCUACAUAGAUUCUUAAAUCCAACCAGCUAUACCUUUUUGGUGUACUUUACUUUUUUUUCAUCAAACCUUCUCUUAUCUCUCCAAUAUUACAUCCAUAGAGUAGGAAGAAACUAGCCUCACACAGUGCAGAACAUGUUGGUUUUUUCUAUAAAUUUUCUUAAUGCAUUUUUUGUUGUCAUUUUAUUUAUCUUUAUUAUCGUUCAUUAUGUGCAUUCUUAUCCAGGUCCGUGAUCCAAUGCCUCCAGUUUUCUUCUUCCUUAUUGAUGUUUCAAUGAACGCCACUCAGAGUGGUGCUACUGCAGCGGCUUGUAGUGCAAUUGGUCAGGCUAUUGCAGAUCUUCCCGUAAGUUUGUCACUUAGCUCUUUUAUUAUUUAAAUCUGACGAACAGACCUCAUUGAUCCUGUAGUGUGCUCCAUUUCCAGUUAGAAUAAUGAGAAAAAAAGAGUUUGCUAUGCAUGUAGACUGAAAAUCACCCAAGAAGCAAGAAUCUAGAUUAGAAUCUGUCAAUCAGAUUUGAAUUGGAUUCUUGGAAAUAGAGUCGUGUUGCAUUGCAAUGCGAUCCUCUUUGAUGGACAUAACUGCUAAAAUAGUAGUCCACGUUUACAGUGCGAGUGAGUGAGUGAGUGAGUGUGUGUGUGUGUGUGAGAGAGAGAGAUGAGAGGGGUGAUGUUCUGAAGGCUGCAUUUUUUCUUCUACCCCUGGAAACCUUAAUUUUAUUUAAGAUAUCAUCUCUUUUACAUUUAUUCUCUCUGCAGGAAGGUCCUCGUACUAUGGUUGGUUUGGCAACAUUUGAUUCGACUAUUCAUUUCUACAGUUUGAGAAGAGCUUCACAGCAGGUAGGCAUGUUAUGAAGUAUAUUCACUAUGUUUACUUCAUCCUGCUUGGGGACAACUUAAGGCAUUUUGGAACUCUGUUUUAUUUGCGCACAGUCCAUCUAUGUUACCGAUUACAAUUUGUUUAAUUAUGGCGUCAACUAUUUUUUAAAAUAUUUUUUUUAUUUUUAUGCCUUUCUUGUGAAGCCAUUGUCUACCCUCGAGUCCUGCAUGGCUAUAGAAUGCUGAAUAGAUUUUUGCUUAUUUUGUCAGAAGGGACUUGUGAUAAACCUGUCAGGGUACAAGUAUUCCAGAUGGGGAUUUUCUUGGUUAAAUCGUUCUUAAUGAACUCUGAGCACACAUGCAUGAUGACGUCUGGGUGCUUAAUAAAGAAUAAAGUAUUGGUUAGCUUAGUUGAAAGUAUGGUUUUGUUAUUGAUUAGAAAAAUCGAUGUAUAAACAUGUUUUAAUCUGUCAGCACCUUGUGGUAUCACUUAGUUUGAUACAGGAAAAUCACAUUUGUUUUUUGAAAAAUAUGGGACUGCAUUCAAUGUGUCAUCUUUAGUAAGAAAAAUUUAAUUAUCAUGUUCGGCUUAUUUUUUGAUUUUUUUUUUCCUAGGAUGCUGAUGACUAUAUGAAAUCUGUAAAUAUUUUUUUUCUGAUGCUGCUUGUUCUCGUUUGCAGCCUCUGAUGCUGAUUGUUCCUGAUGUACAAGAUGUUUAUACCCCUCUUCAUUCUGAUGUCAUCGUUCAGCUUACCGAGGUUUGGGUGCCAUAUUGUGUCCCUGAAAAGUGACCUUAAUAAAUGCUGCUAGAUUAUUGUCCGUUGUUUUCUUGGAAAUAAUCAAAAUAAUUUGUCUGGGGAUGCAGUGCCGCCAACAUUUGGGACAAUUGCUGGAGAGCAUUCCUUCCAUGUUUGAGAAUAACAGAAUUUCCGAGUCUGCAUUUGGUGCCGCUACGAAGGUACUUCUUUGGUUGACAAUCUUAUAGUUUGCUACUAAGCCUUCUUAUUUAUGCCUCUUGUUCUGGUGAAUGGCAAUAGCGUGACAAUCUUAGCGUGUUUCAACCAAAACAUCAAUGAUAGAUUUACUAAUUCCUUUGUUGAGUGCUUUUGUAAAUCUUAUGUCCUUUCACUUAAUCUUUCGUGUAAUUAUGUAUUUCAGGCUGCUUUUUUGGCGAUGAAGCCCACUGGUGGGAAGUUGCUUGUAUUUCAGUCAGGCAAGCCAUUUUUAAGUUUUUCCAAGCCGUAGCUGUACGCAGCAUAGCCUGCAUCUCAAUUGCAACUCCUAUGAUCGACCAAUCUUAGUCAGCACUUGUAGUACAAACAAAACACGUUUCCAUGAUUACAUUUUCUCAAGAGCUGAUAGUUUUGGUAUUCUUCAGAAUGAAUACGAUCUAUCUCAUGUUUGAAAAUAGCUUGAAGUGGAACAUAUUUAAGAAAUGGGAAUGAUAUUGAAACUUAAAUGAAAAUAACUGCCUUCUGUCUGUAACCAAUGCUAUAUUCAUGAACAGGUCCAUCUGUAACCAAUCUUUGGUGUUGAAUUUAUAUCAAUGGAAUAUGUAAUUUGAUUCCUUGUUCUAUUCGCUAGGAUAACGUAGUCUUGCAAUUGUUAGUACCCUAUUUAGAUAUGGACUUGAUAGAAACUAUGACGCAUACGUGUUAUGACUAUCUGGGAUUUAUUCUGGUUUUUAUUCACCUUUUCAAGUUCCAUUCAGAAAUCCUGUUCUUAGCAUAAUCUUCAUUGAGUGCCACAAAACCAGUCAAUAUGCUCUGUUUCAUUACAUUAUUUUAUUUGUGAAUCUGAUUCAAUGACAUUUCACAUCAAUGAUUUUCAAUCACGGGAUGCCUCGAUUUCUUGGUUAAAAUGUUGUGGUUCAUAUCUAUUCGGUAAUCAGAAAUGCCAUUAAAAUGUGUGGGUAUAUUGUAAAAUUAAUUGUGGUUGGAAUUACAUUGUUUAUCAUUUUAACUUCCAUAUUUGUAAUGACUCCAAUAUUACCAUUAUAUCUCAAUGUUUAAAUGAGAGUGCUCAGAUGGAUGUGUGCGAAGACAACAAGAGAUUGUUAUCGGAUUUCUCUGUUAGAGAGAUAUUAGGGGAGCCAAAAUUACAAGAACAAGUUGUUGUCAUCAUCAUAUUAUGAGGGUAAUAAAAGGAAUGAUUGAAUCCCUCAUUUCAAAUCGUUGGAACUAGGUGUAUAGUACCAAUGAUUCUGACAUUGCACUACUUUAUUCCAAUUGCUUAUGAUGGUCGUGUACUACUUGUGCUCUGGUAACCUUGUUGGUACAUUCUCUUGUUAACUUGCGUACAGCUAGCUGUGUACUGAUAUUUGUACACAUGACGAAAUCUAGAAAUAACUGUUCUGUUUCAUAAGGAUGACAGUAACUAUCCUAUCACUAGAAUUUGACCAUUCAACUUCGGAUAUACUCAUUUCUUCUUUUUAUGAUUCGAUUUACAACAUUUUAAGUUCGUUUCAUGAAGAUAGCGUUAAAUAUCUUUCACUAGAAUUCUAUUCAACUUGGGAUCAACCCAUUUUCUCCUUUUUCUGUCUUUGUUUUCCCCUUCUUUUUUAUUCCUAGCUUCAUCAUUGCCAACAAUGUGAGUCAUUAUUUCACUUGCUCAUCGUAUAAGUCCCAUUUUAUAAUCAAUGAAUCUCAAAGAAAAAUUCAGAGCCAGGAUCCUUAAGGGUGAUAUUUAGAACGAUUAGGUGGUUAUUUUGUGUGUUCCAUUUGUGUGAAGUUAUAUGGUAUAGUCUAAUGCUGAGCGCUUUAGCUGAAUGCAUUGUGGUUUCACGGUGUCAUUGUGCUUUCUUGCAGUCUUGCCAUCAGUUGGAAUUGGUUCUCUAUCUGCCCGGGAAGCUGAAGGAAGGGCAAAUGUCUCUUCUGCGGAUAAAGUAUAAUGUUCUUGAAAUUUUCCAGCCUUCUUUCGUUUGAAUUUUAUUAAUAUGUGUGAUUCCACUCUUCAGCUUAGUUAUAUACAUGAUAAUUGAUUAGUCCGAGGCAUUGCUUCCUUCAUAACUGUUUAGAAGUAUCUUUUCAUGUAAUUUCUGAUGUAUACACCGUAAUCUUUUUUGCCUCUCAAAUUAAACUCUCUCACACAGACAUGCUUUUCUCUUAUGUUUAAGUCGACCAACUAGUGCAUCAAAUGAAGGAGUUAGGGCAUUGAAAUUCAUUGGUCGAGUAGAGGCGUGGAAAAUUCAGUGGAUCAUCAUAUCAAAACCUAUAAUUCCUUGGAAAAUUUUGUAGAAUCACGUAGAUUACUUCAACAUAAAUUGAAAAGCAUGCACUAUCAACAAAAGUGUAUUGUUUGACAACAGUACAGGGGAAAGGAGGUCAGUGAAUCAGCAUAUUCUAACAUUUAGUCAAGGAUCGACGAAAGGAUAUUUGUGCUAAUUCCUAGCUUGUUUACUAUCUUGUUAAAUGGGCAGAGAGUAGUAGAGAUUUGUGAUGGAUCCUUUUGCCUUUUUUUUCCUUUUAAUCCAUUUGUUAGAAGUAGUACUCCUUUUAUUUUAAAUUUUUGGUGAAUUUUGUUUAACUUCAGGAAAAAAAAAGAAUCAUUCAGAUUUUUCAAAAUUUCUUUUCGGUUGUGAUAGUUACAGAUUGAAGUAUGUUUCUGACUGAUGUAGUUAUGUGGUUUACAAUGUAUCUCUAAAUCAUCUAACAUUUGAGUUCUCUGUUCUGUGAUCAUCCCACCGACUCCAUUCAUUCUGUAAAUCUUAUUUCUGGAAGAAGCAUGCAACAAAAUAUGAAAGCGAAUAAGAGAGUCGAAUGUUUCCAAACCACCUGUUUCUAUUGGUGAAUUGUUGGAUCUCUAGGGAGCCAAGAGUGGUGGAUUAUAGGAAUAUAGGUAUUUCACUUUUUUCGUAAUGUUAUCAUAGACUCUUAGUUGAAAGUAAGCAUUAGUAUUCGUGGAUCAACUAUGACUGUUGAUGCAUUGGCUCAUGUCUGGUAGCAAGUUGGCUUUGCUAACGUUGUGUUCAAUGGACUCUCAAAUGCUGUGUUGGAUUUCAGGAGGCCCAUAAAUUGCUUCAGCCAAUGGACAAGUCUUUUAAAACUAUGGCAAUGGAGUUUGCAGAGUAUCAGGUGUGGUCUUUGUUUUUUAUUGGUGGGAAAUAUGUUUUGAGUGUAUCAAGAAUUCAUUUUUAUCAUUGCAGUUUCUGCCAUUCUUAUUGUUCACUGGUUAUCAGGUCUGUGUGGAUAUCUUCAUCACUGCUCAGACAUAUGUAGACAUUGCCUCCAUCUCUGUUGUCCCUGGAACUACUGGCGGGCAGGUAUCCCCAAACAACUUGUAUUAUCACUAAUAUUGGUUGGUAGAUGCAAAUUUUCCUAGGAUCCAUGAUCUUGUAUUUCUUUGAAUUUUAAAGUUCAUCUAAUAGGAAGCUAAUGGAAGAUCUUCAAAUAGCAUAGCCUUCUAGUGCUCAUAAUUUCAUGGUGAGAAUGUUAAUGAUCGUUUGAUUUUCUCUGACGUAUCUGUCAGAGGGUAUGAUGUAGUACCGAUAUGUAAGUGUUUGUCUACGCUGGUAACUGUGUCAGCUGAAUACUACUCAAAUUUUGGUUGCAUGCCAACCUUAUUAUUUGUUGAUGGGAUAUCUUUACCUAAUUGAUCAUCAUCAGAUCUUCGGGACUUUUUUAAUGAGCUGUCUUCAUAUCUUCGAAAGACCUAGAGCAGGUGGUUGUUGAGUCAUGUUUGGUAGGAAGAAGACAUACACAGCUGCAGGUAGUUAAGGCUAGUUCCUUGAAUAGUUGCUUGGUGGGAAGAAAAGAUCUGUGUUAGUGAUGCAGCUGUGGCGUACUAUUGUCAUGAAUGUUUACUCAAUCAAUCUCUUGUAGGUGUAUUACUACUACCCAUUUUCUGCUGUUUCGGAUUCUACGAAGCUUUACAACGAUCUGAGGUGGAAUGUAACUAGGCCGCAAGGUUUUGAGGCUGUCAUGCGUGUAAGAUGCAGCCAGGUAACUUGCUUAAUUGUGUCUUAUCAUCAAAAUGUGAAAUGUAUACGAAUGAGGUUCUUUUUGUUUACUAGGUGACAACUAACUUGCCACUUUCCUGCAGGGUCUUCAAGUUCAAGAGUACUAUGGAAACUUCUGCAAGAGAAUUCCCACAGAUAUCGAUCUCCCUGGGGUUGGUCUUUCCGUGGCUUUGCAAGAUAAUUCAUUUUUAAAACCAUUGCAGAUCCGUUAACUUGAGAACAUUACUCAUGUUUGCAACAAUGUUUACUUCUCGUGACAAGUGACAUGAAAAACCGACAUAGCUGCAGAAAGUGACAGCUUUUAAAGAUCAAAGACGCAUGUCAUUGCUAACUUCUUAUGUAUCAAUGAAAAACUAAUUAGUUUAUCUGAUCUCGUCUAGUCAAAACAUGCAUGAUCCUUAGAGAUAACCAACCUUGUUAAACUUCACUUUUUUACUGUUUUUUUUUAAUAACGAGCAACCAUGCAGAGGGAUUUGAGGAAAGAAUGAGCUACAUUAUCCUGCUUUCUUUUAGCUGUAAUAUGUGCUCUUUGCGUAAGAGAAGGCAGACGACCCGAGAUUAUAGAAAAGUUUUGGGCCAAUUUUUGGUCCAAUAUUGGUCACAUUAGGUUGGACUUUCUGAUUUCUUACCUCUUGUUGAUUUGUCUCAUUGACCGGAUAGUUCAUUUGGCACUUGCAUCAGAUCUUUUAUCAGCAUUUGAAUCAACUGUGAAAUAUAUUCCCUCUACUGAUAUAUUUCGGGGGAUACCGCAGAUUGAUUGUGAUAAAACUAUAAUGGUCACUUUCAAGCACGAUGAUAAAUUUCAAGAGAAUACUGAAUGCGCUUUUCAGGUAUUUUUUUGGUGAAAUCAUUUUUAUUUUUUUAUUUUUUGCUUGGUCAAUAUCCCUACGUUAGCAUAGAAAUAGACUGCUAUAGAUACCAGAAAGGAAUAACAUAUCUUGAAAUAUUAUUUUUCCUUUCGCAGUGUGCCCUUCUUUAUACAACUGUUUAUGGGGAAAGAAGAAUUCGAGUCACAACUCUAUCACUUCCAUGCACAAGUAUGCUCAGUAAUCUAUUUCGGUCAGCUGAUCUGGAUACUCAGUUUACAUGCCUGUUAAAGCAAGGUAAAGUCACGUAUAGUAAUGUGUUUCGAUAUCCAUUUUUCUCAGAGAAAUCGUGUCCGUUUUAAUUUCCCACUUUGUUUUUUUAAAAUUAUGGAGAACCUUUAAUUAUUUUUUCCUUUUUUACUCCUUUCUAGCUGCCAAUGGAAUUCCAGUCAGCUCUCUCGCUCAGGUCCGGGAGCAGAUGACAAAUUUUUGCAUCAGUAUUCUGCACUCAUAUCGAAAAUUUUGUGCAACUGUGUCGUCAUCUGGUCAACUAAUCCUUCCAGAGGCCCUCAAGCUUUUACCCCUGUAUACGCUAGGUACAUGCUCACAAUCUAUGUUGUUUGGUAUUGCAUAUGACGGUUUAAUUUACUCAAUAUAAUUCGGAGAUUUCAUGAUUCUUAAAGCUAACCUAAUUUAUGAUUUAAACUAGUGCUGAUAUGCUUUGAAAUUGGGGAUCAUUGACUGUAAUCAGAAGAUGUUUUUUUUCAUACGGUGAUAAAUCUUUUAAUUCUUAUCCUUUGCUAAUAGCCGAAAAUGAGAGUAGCAGAUUGGUAGAAAACCUACACAAGAGUUGUUUUCCUUGUGUUUCGGUUAACAAUAAUAAUAACUACUAUAUACAUAUCUAGAUGCUGCUUUUGAUGUUGAUGGCAAAUGGGUUUCAAGUUUCCUUAUCUCUUUUAUAUUUUUUCCAGCUCUUGUUAAGAGCAUUGGGGUGCGUUCUGAUGGGAGACUAGACGACCGUUCCUACUGGGUUAGCCGUGUUUCAUCACUUUCAGUACCACUGGCAGCCCCUCUUGUUUAUCCUCGACUGUUUGCUGUUCACAGCUUAGAAACAAAGGUAUGAAGCUCUUCACUACCUGUUAUUUGACCAUAUUGUUAGUCAACGUGUAUGAACCUGCUACGACUGAUUUGGCAGGAAGAUGAUGGAUCCGCAAUUCCUCCUCCGAUUCCUCUUUCCAGUGAGCAUAUAGCAGAUGAUGGUAUCUAUCUCCUCGAAAAUGGGGAGGAUGCUUUGAUUUACGUUGGUAAUUCGGUGAAAACAGAGAUACUACAGCAAAUAUUUGGAGCUCCCUCUGUUGAUGGAAUUUCGACUCAGGUAUGUAUCUGUCGUUAUUUCAUUAUUAUUCUCUCUCUCUCUCUCUCUCUUUCUCUCUCUCUCUCUCUCUCUCUCUCUCUCUCUCCAACCUUUGAAAAACAAAGGGGGAAUGUGGGCAGUGAUGCCAAACAUUUCGCGUUGACAUCAUACUUUGACUUGUUUCGUGCAUUGGUAAAGCCUGCACCUCUCUUGUAUGACCACCCGCUCUUCUUUACAAUCCUUGACGAUCUUCCUUUUCUCGUCGCACAGUUUGUGUUGCAGCAGUAUGACAAUGAUCUAUCGAAGAGACUAAAUGACGCGGUAAACGAAGUAAGGCGCCAGAGAUGUUCCUACCUGCGGUAAUUGGCUUAUCUUUGUCUAUUGCUAAAAGUGGCGCCUUCUCACCAUCCUACAGUCAUUUAUGUCGUCAAGACUCAUGCAUGAUUUUUUUUUUCCCUUCUUGCAGCUUACGGAUCUGCAGGAAAGCCGAUCCAUCAGGUAAGCCACUUCUCCUUUCAGUCUUCCUCUGCGUGAGUUCUUAAGUAUCGUUGACUUGCCCAAAUACUCAACGAAUGUUUUGUCAACCGCCACUGUGAAUGAUGACACAGGUAUGCUGUUCUUCUCGUACAUGAUCGAAGACAAGAACCCCAGCGGUCUGUCCUACGUGGAGUUCCUCGUCCACGUUCAUCGGCAGAUCCAGACCAAGAUGGCGUGA